AUGGAAAAUAUUUACACAUUUCAUUCAUUUUUUUCAUUUGAGCCAAUUAUUCAAAAUACUAACCAUUUUGAAUUAGAUAAAGGCAAAAAUAUGGAUAGUUUGGGCGUGUCACUUUUCCAGUUUUACAGACCCCAAACACAAAUAUUACAUCCUACCAUCUUAAGAAACCAUAUCGAAUAA